CUAGCAUUUUGGCAGCAGCUGCGUAGAGCAAACGACCAGAGGCUCGUCAGUUGAAUACCAAAAAAAUACUAUGCUUCCACGGAGGUUGAAGCAAUUGGUCUUUGUAUCUUUUCACAUUUUUCUGGUAGUGUUGUUCGUUGUGGCGAACAAUGACUUUUGUGCAAGCGUUUUUGAAACUCAAGUUGGUAAGUAAUAACUCGAUCAGAACCUGCAGCUUCAUUUCUUUAUAGUUAAUGUUUCUACAUCGCCAAUUUCCUAUUGCAAAUUUUUCAGAUUUCACUUUAUUUGAUCACGUCAUCAACAAAACUGAUGUUGCCGAUGAGUUUGAGUGUCAGCUAAAAUGUAUGGGAAACAACAGUUGCAAGUCGUUUAAUGUUCACCGCAAUGGCAAUAAUGCGAAGAAGCUUUGCGAGCUCAACAACAAAACCCGGCAGAUGAAGCCAGGUGAUUUUAAACGGAACAAAGGAUCUACAUACUAUGGUUCAGUUCAGGUCAGUUGAAAAUAUGUUUCUGGUGUACACAUAUUCCUUUUUAGAUUCGAGAGCGGCACAAGGCGAAGAUAAAGAAACAAAAAAUCUCUUUGGUAAUCCGUUUUUAUGCUAGAAAUUUGGAGCACCGUUACCCUUUUUUAAACAACCUUCAUUAUCAUCAUAAACUCAUCCUCAUUUUCAUAAUUAUCAUUUUUUUAUUGUGCAAAGAAGAACAGCUAACUGAGAAAAUUCAACUGCAAAAGCUCUUAUUAAACAAUUUUAGAGCGUAUGUGUAAUUAUACAUGGUCUUGUUAUACUUGGUUUUGCUCACUGUAUUCCCGAAAAAAAUGUAUAAACAAACCUCUUAUUCUACUCUUUAAACCUGGCAAUAGAAAUCUAAAGAAGUAUCCCAAGGCCAGUGGAUAUUGAUUAACGAUUCAUUGGCCUCCCUUUGCUUUUCUUACAUCUGAAAUGAAAAAAACGAAAAGUCGUCUUAUGCUGUUAACCACUACUCGAAGUUAAAAAUAUAAAUCAAAGGAACUCAAACAAUCACCUCAAAAAAAAAGCCCUAUUGAAUAACUAUCCUAAAAACCGACGAAAAACAACACGAAGGAACAUCUGUAUGUAAUAUGUUUUGAUAAAACCAACGCAGGGCACUUGUGUGGAUGUUUCUCGUCAGCGAAGUGGCAAAACGAAGGGCAGCCAGUGUCAUCCGAACUACAAAGGAAAAUUGUGCCAAACACGUAAGUAAUAAAUAUCCUUUAACCUAAGAGUGACUAUUUGAUUGGUUCCUACCUAUGCUCCAUUGGAGGACAGACGCAUAACUGGCGUCAUCAUUCACAAGUUUGGCUUCUUUAUUAUAUUAAACAAAUUGAUUCCAUGUUGCCGUGCGUUCAGUUGUUAGUUACAUUCUCCCCUAAGAAUCAGUCAUUAGGAUCAAGGAAAUAAAGGAAAAGAUCACCUACGAGACAAGCCGUUGAUCGUUAAACAAAGACUCCCUGUUAUUACCGCAGGCAAUGUGUAACGAAAAGUGUAGAGAAUAUGAGUAUUGAUGUAAAGGGUUAAAGCGCACUUGUAGAUUGUGUUGAUGAUAAUAAGAACUGCGAUUUCGAAACUUAAUUUUUAUCUCUUUCUUUGAAAAUUAUCAAGUGAGACUUAGCCAUUUUGCUUCAAAUCCUGGAAAGUCUUGCAAGCAUAUUCUUGAAGCAAAUGACUCUAAAGGAGAUGGGGAAUACUGGAUCGACCCUGAGGGCAAAGGAAACUCUUUGAAGGUCUACUGUGAUAUGAAAACUGACGGAGGUAGGUGAAAGGUACCAAGAGAUGAUACCGCAUAAAAAUAUGCAUCUCAAUCUGUCAUGUCCAAAUCAUUAAAACGAAUCGAGAUAUACACACUAUUUAAGAUUUCGCAUUUCUACCUAGAACACUUUAGAAUUGAUGUGAGAUGUAUCGUCUUUAUUUAAUAUUGCUAGGAGGCUGGCUUCUUACAUCCAUCUUUAUGGUAGAUAACCCGACCACUCCUCCCGCUUGGACCGCUGAGCCAUCGUACCGCGGGAUCACCAAAUUCACCAAUCACAAAAUGGGUAUCACAAUUAGCGCCAUGAAAGAACUCAGAGGACACUUGCGAUUCACUCAGAUGAGAUUCCACUGUAGUAAACAACAGGGACGUACGUUCCACGUGACCACAGCCGCUAACAGCUCUGGUGAAGCUGUAGUCGAGUAUUUUAGCAAUCAGACGAACACCCGGCCAGACUCGUGUCUCUCUUUUGUUAGAAUGAAAGAUGACAACUCUUAUCUCUCCAGGAAUUGUUCCAGAUGGGGAAACGACAGAUCUUCGAACUUCGGGAAGUGGGGGCAUAGAAAUGAACAAGGCGAAACACGUUUGUACGAUCUCACUGCACAUGUUGAUAAGCACUAUAUCUGGAAGACAACCGGGAUAUAUCGCCUGUGCGACGACAAUAAGAACGAUGCCUUUAUAAAUUUGUCAAAGGGAGACUUUUGGAAGAUUUUUGUUCGUUAAACAGUUACCGAGUCGCAGAACUGACAGGAUA